AUGGCAACUUCAGCGACCACUGAUUCAAUUUCCUACGAAAUCAAACAGUAUAUUAAACCGGAGAGUCUCAAACGAGAAUUUGAUGUUAAUAUUUCACGAACUAAAACCACAAUUCAUGUACUACAAUGGAAUGUUCUUGCUCAAGCUCUCUCAUAUACCAAAGGUAAUUUUGUACGUGUUACUGAUGACAUAGUCGAUUUUGAUACACGUAAAUGGCGUAUUCUUGAACAAAUUAUUAUUCGUCGACCAGAUCUAUGUGCAUUGCAAGAAGUAGACAUGUUUACUUGUUUUUUAGAAAAUGAAUUACCAAAAUAUGGUUAUACAUGUGUUUUUGUGCCCAAGACCAAUUCGAAGUGUUAUUUAUUUCAAAAUGAUAGCAAAAAUUUCAAAGGUCCCGAUGGUACACUUCUGUGUUAUAAAACUGAUGUAUUUAAGAGAAUAAGUCAACAUGGAGAAGACUUGCCAGAUGAUGGUCGACGAGAAAAACAGAUUUUUGCUGCUCUCGAUCUAGAACAUAAACCUACAUCGAAUAAGAUCGUUUUUAUUGGAACUCAUUUUAAAUCUAAAAAAGAAUUUAAAACAUCACGAACAUAUCAGGCUCAAGCAAUUGUUGAAUAUAUACGAAAGAAUUAUUCAACACGACAACAUGUGAUUGUAGCUGGUGAUUUUAAUGGAGAGACUGAUGAACCUUUCUAUUCUGAAUUUUUAAAUUUUGGUUUACGAAGUGCUUAUAGAACAAAAAUGAAUGAUAAAGAACCAUCAUUUACUACUUGGAAAUUUAAAGGACGUGAUGGAACCGAACGUGAACAAUGUAAAGCAAUCGAUUAUAUUUUUUAUAAUCCAAAAGGAUUUACACCUAAGGCUAUUUUACAAUUUCCAAACAAAUCUGAUAUUGGACCAAAUGCACUACCGUCAAUCCAUUAUCCAUCAGAUCAUCUAGCACUUGAAGUUGUCUUUGACAUUGAACAAUGA